UGCUUUCAACUUCGGUGUCACAACCACGGAGCUUACAGCCAUGCAACAUCACCCUUAAACACCAACCGUAGCACAAAAGUGAUCAUUGUAUCCAAGAUGACGGCUAAAACUCUGGAGAAGGUGCAGCCUCUGAAUCUCGCGGGCUUUGAGAGUUUGUACUCCGUGGAGGACAUGGCCGCCGGGUUGCCAACUUCUGUUGCCGUUUUUCCCAACUCGGACUUAGGAUCGCAUUACGACCAGAUGACUGCAGAUUCCUUAAUGAGCGCAGAGAUGAGCGCAGAGAGGCGUUCUCUGGACUUCUCUUACUCCAACGGCUUCUCCCAACCUUCUUCUUCUUCUUCUUCUUCUCACCGCAACCAGACUUUCACCUACAUGGGGAAGUUCUCCAUCGACUCCCAGUAUCCCACCAACUGGAAGCCCGAAGGAGUCAUCAACAUCGUGUCGGGCAUCUUCAACGUUGCGCAUCCUCCUCCUCCUCCUCCAUCUUCAUCCUCCGCUUCCCCAGUUUCCACCGGGUCCCCCACUCACUUUUCCGGCGGCAAUUUGAGUUGCACCAUGGCCGCGGCGCACCACCACAACCAAGCAGAGAUGGAGCACCACCACCAGCUUUACUCUCCUCCCCCGCCCUACUCCUCUUCUGCGUGCGGGGAGUCGUACCAGGAUCCGUCCGCGUUCCUGUCCACUCCCUACCCGCCACCUUCCUACUCGUCCCCGAAGCCGCACAACAGCGGCCAAGACGCGUCGGGUCUCUUCCCGAUCAUCCCCGACUACCCCGGCUUCUUCCAGCCGGCGUGUCAGCGCGACAUGCCAGACCGGAAGCCGUUCGGCGCAUGCCCGCUCGACACCUUCCGCGUCCCGCCACCUUUGACCCCGCUGAACACGAUCCGAAAUUACACCCUGGAAGCGGGAGGCCAACCGCGGCUGCCCUCCGCCUACAGCACCCAGAACCUGCCCCUGAGGCCGAUCCUGCGCCCCAGAAAGUACCCGAACAGACCCAGCAAAACGCCCAUCCACGAGCGUCCCUACCCGUGUCCGGCGGAGGGCUGCGACCGCCGCUUCUCCCGCUCCGACGAGCUGACGCGACACAUCCGCAUCCACACCGGACACAAGCCCUUCCAGUGCCGGAUAUGCAUGCGCAACUUCAGCCGCAGCGACCACCUCACCACGCACAUACGCACGCACACCGGGGAGAAGCCGUUCGUCUGCGACUUCUGCGGACGCAAGUUCGCACGCAGCGACGAGCGCAAGAGGCACACGAAAAUCCACCUGAGGCAAAAGGAGAGAAAGUCCUCCACGGUCUCGUCCUCGUCGUGCAACACUUCCACGUUGGAGCGCACCGCAACUAACGCCAUUUGUUCCUAGGUGGGACAGUGUGGGGUUUUUUUUUUGUAUUAUUUAAAAAAAAAUCCAAAGCACACUAACCCACAAAUUUCAUCAACAAUCAAAACAUAUGAUUAUGAAACUGUUGUGAUUUCGACUCAGCGCGUAAUUACGCACAGCCCUGCUCCAAGAUGACAGAAAGACUGCAGUCACGUUUGCACUUUGUCUACUUGACACGCAAUAGCCGACAUUAACCACGGCGGUUGUAAUAUAAAGGGGAUUCAUAACAUGCGUUGGAAAUAAAAUGUCUUUAAGUUAUUUAAUCGUGUUGAUUCUAACACGCACUUCCCCUAUAUGGUGCCUUGUCGUGGGUUCUGAAUUAAGGACGCUUCUAAUGCAAUGUAUAUUUGUUUUUUUAAUAUGUAAAGUUGAAGACAUUCUAUUUUUGUACUCUUUUCGUCUCGUGGUAAAUAUAAUGUUGUACAUGAUGUGGUGGACUUGUAAAUUCUCAUUCCUGACA